UUCAAUCAAUGUCUUAGCUUGUUACAUUCAAAAGCUCACGUCCAAUAUCUCUACACAUAUAAUAACCAAUACUCAAGCUUCUCCCAACCCUCUCCGAAUCACUAGAAACCAAAUGUUCCCUGAUGCAGAAACAGCUCCCUGCAGUGAAUGUGCAUACCCAACCACAAUCUUUAUAUCCGGAGCUGUAUCAGUUUGCAUUCUCAUUUUCCUCCUCGCCUUUUACAGGUUCCUUAAGAACCACUGUAUUCGCCGAGAUGUAAAUAUCUCACAGAACAACAUUGCUAGAACUGAGACCGAUGGCUUAGCUCCCGAGAUUAUAAUCUCGCUUCCAGCAGUUCAGUUCAAAAAUAAUGAGCAUCGAAACUCCGAGUGUUGUUCUAUUUGUCUGGGAGUCUUUGAAGAAGGAGAAUGGAUUAGAGUUUUGCCCAAUUGUGCUCACGCGUUUCACGUAUCAUGUGUUGAUAUUUGGCUGAGGUCGAGCUCUAGUUGCCCGUUGUGCAGAAACAAUGUAUUGAAAGAUGAUGGAAGUAGUAGCAGUCUUCCGGGUUCUGGUACUGCGAUAAGAGCAAUGGAGACGCUCCCCAGAGAAGAGCCUACUCAGGGGACUGCUUGCAAUCCUCGUGUUGUAGAGUUGUGGGUUGUCUCGUAUGGAUGA